AUUGAUUUGUUGUUUAUAAUAAUAAUACAAAAAUGUCAUAUAUAAAAAAUCUGAAAAAAAGAUAUCGCUAAGGUCUGACUUUUUCAUACCGGCAUUUCUAUAGACAACCCCGUGUAUAUUUCGGGUCCUGAGUCAACGUGGGACAGUGCGUUUGCGUCAUGCCGAAUUUGUUGUCAAGUGUUUGUGUUUUUAAUGUCAGUAGUUCUAUUUUGACAUAUUUUUGACAUUACUAGUUUGGGAUAUAUUGGACAGUAACUGUGGCGACUUAUCAUGAUGCCGGGGGAGAAUCUUUCCAAAUUCUCUUCAGGAGCAACAACUGGAGCCUGUCAAAACUGCACUGUGCUUCACCAGAACCUAAACGAAUAUGUGGCAGCUCUCCUGGUUUUGAAACGGAAAACGAUUGACUCCGAUCACCUGCUGAGUGAAUAUCAAGGGAAGUGUGAAGAGCUUCAGACAUCCCAGAGGGAGACCAGUAAGCAGCGUCUACAACUUGAUGAUCUGCAGUUGAAAGUAGCUUCUCUGGUAAAGCAACAUGCAGAGUACGAAGCCGUGCGGGCAGAGCUGGAGGCUAAGCAGAGCUCUGAGAAGUUGUCCCAGCAGCUGUUGGAGGAAGUGGAGAGGCUGAAGGAGCAGAAUAACAACACAGAGACUCUAAAGAAGAGACUUGAGGACCAGCUGAAGAUGGUAGCAGAGACAACGGAGAAGCAGUGUGUGGAUAAUGUCCAGCUGAGACAGGAGAAGACGGCACUGCAGAAAGACCUGCUGACAACACAGGUGUCGUUGAAGACCGUUCAGAAGGUAGCGGAGGAAGUGCAGCAGUUGAAGGAGGACAACGCCAGGACAUCUGUUCUAAAAUACGACCUGGAAAAACAACUUGUACUGUUUCAAGAUUCUCGACUCAAGCAAGAGCGUGACAUUACCAGGCUGAAAACAGAGAAGAUUGUACUGGAGAACGAGCUUCUACAUCUUCAGGAACGACUAGAGAAACUGGAGACGGAGAAGAAUAAAGUAUUAAAGAGCACAUCAACUCAAGCAACGGCACCUGAAGAAACACAGCUGGAUAAAGAGAAGAUCCAGAGGCUGCUGGAGGAUCUAUGGGUGUGUGUAGCUCCUCCCUCGUCACACCUCCCUGCCAGGAGGAAACAGCAGUUAAAGGAGCACCUACAAGACCGCAGCACAGUUGAACCCCACAGACCUGACAGUGACCCGCCAGGCCAUGGACCCAGCAGGAACAGUGACCCGGGAGGCUAUGGACCCAGCAGGAACAGUGACCCGGCAGGCCAUGGACCCAGCAGGAACAGUGACCCGCCAAGCCAUGGACCCAGCAGGAACAGUGACCCGCCAGGCCAUGGACCCAGCAGGAACAGUGACCCGCCAGGCCAUGUACCCAGCAGGAACAGUGACCCGCUAGGCCAUGUACCCAGUUGGAACAUUGACCCGGCAGGCCAUGGACCCAGCAGGAACAGUGACCCGGGAGGCCCUGGACCCAGCAGGAACAGUGACCCGCCAGGCCAUGGACCCAGCAGGAACAGUGACCCGCCAGGCCAUGGACCCAGCAGGAACAGUGACCGGCCAGGCCAUGGACCCAGCAGGAACAGUGACCUGCCAGGCCAUGGACCCAGCAGGAACAGUGACCCGCUAGGCCCUGGACCCAGCAGGAACAGUGACCCACUAGGCCAUGGACCCGGCAGGAACAGUGACCCUCCAGGCCAUGGACCCAGCAGGAACAUUGACCCGCCAGGCCAUAAACAUAGUAGAUCAGUUGAAGAGAUCCUGGACUGGUUCAAGCCGCUGCCCCCUAUCCUCUCCCCCUUACCCUGGUCCUCAGCUCAGGAGAGGUUGGAUGAUGUCUUGGAGUCCAGAGCUCGAGGGACCAGAUUUCCUCUAGAGAAUAGAAACCACUCUGUCUACACUACAGGACCAGCCAAUCAGACAGCAGGACAGCAGCCUGGACCAGCCAAUCAGACAGCAGGACAGCAGCCUGGACCAGCCAAUCAGACAUCAGGACAGAAAACUGGACCAGCCAAUCAGAUGGCCCUUGUGUUGUCAGGACAACAACCUGCAGACUCCUCAGUGGAACUACCAUCAGACAGAAUUAAUUUUACUCCAAGAGAAAGCCCUGAUCUGGCCACAGGGACCUCAGGGGAGACAGAGAGGAACAGUGUGGCUGUCUGUGAACAGGAAGACAUGCAGGUAGAACCAGCUGCUGAAACCAUCCAGUCCCCAUCAGGAGAGACUCAAACCUCCUCUAAUGAUCUGCCUUCCUUUACCAAAGCCACAGAGUGUCUCCCAAACUCAGUAGAGCAUCCAGGCAACCUCUCUGUCCAUACUGGGGCCGUUCAGACCUCACUCACCCGGACACAAGGAGAAGAAGUGCAGGACUCCUCACCAGACAUGACAGAGAUGGAUGUUGAGACUGACCCGUGUUAUAAUGGCUGCGUCUUGGCGGGUCAGAGCAUCAACCAUGGGGACUCAGAGAAAGUAGAAAGCAUUAAAGAUCAGUCAGGAGAGGCCAGCGUGUCUCAAACUCCCUCCACUAAACAGCUGGAACCCAGUCUUCUGGUUGAGUGUUCUGCGGAGACAGUGACUGGUCCAGAACAACUGACUGAAUGGGCUCCUAACACUCAAUGUAACACAACUGAUCAGAAAGCAGCUCCUCAAGCAUGUCCCCAUAAACAAGACAAGUUGUUUACAGGCCAGGAAUCCGAUAAAGACGAUGAAGUGGGUUUCUCUUGGAAACAGGUUGGUGAUGUACUGUUCCCCCCCAGUCACCCUACAGAAGGACUGGCCUCCCCCAGUCACCCUACAGAAGGACUGGCCUCCCCCAGUCACCCUACAGAAGGACUGGCCUCCCCCAGUCACCCUACAGAAGGACUGGCCUCCCCCAGUCACCCUACCUGGCUCCCCAGUCACAGAAGGACUGGCCUCCCCCAGUCACCCUACAGAAGGACUGGCCUCCCCCAGUCACCCUACAGAAGGACUGGCCUCCCCCAGUCACCCUACAGAAGGACUGGCCUCCCCCAGUCACCCUACAGAAGGACUGAAGGAUUGGUGAACGUGAAGCUCCUGAGAUCUGGUACACAAACGAAGAGGAUGAAUGGAAGGAAAGAUGCUGAAGACCCAGGGUCUGACGUUAGGAAUCCACCGUCUCCAACAGAGUUACAGAGUGACGAGCCUUUGAACAACGGGAUGCUGAAAGAUUGUGAUCGCCCAGUCCAUGUUCUACAACACCAGGAUAUGAAAGCUGACCGUAAGCGUCCUACCACCACCGACUGCAUCUCUGAGUCAAGGUCUGAGUCCCAGCUGACAGAUGAAGGGUCUGAGAAACUAGGUGGGAAAGACAAGACUGAGAUGAUCAGCACUAGAAGUGGGCGUGUCAGGAAGAGUCUUGUUAGAUCAAACGCAGUCCAAACCAGCUCAGGGAAAGACGGCUCGGCUCCCAGGGACGGAGCUGCUCCCAGGGACGGCGCUGCUCCCAGGGACGGAGCUGCUCCCAGGGACGGAGCUGCUCCCAGGGACGGAGCGGCUCCCAGGGACGGAGCUGCUCCCAGGGACGGCGCGGCUCCCAGGGACGGAGCUGCUCCCAGGGACGGAGCUGCUCCCAGGGACGGAGCUGCUCCCAGGGACGGAGCUGCUCCCAGGGACGGAGCUGCUCCCAGGGACGGCGCGGCUCCCAGGGACGGAGCUGCUCCCAGGGACGGAGCUGCUCCCAGGGACGGAGCUGCUCCCAGGGACGGAGCUGCUCCCAGGGACGGCGCGGCUCCCAGGGACGGAGCUGCUCCCAGGGACGGAGCUGCUCCCAGGGACGGCGCGGCUCCCAGGGACGGAGCUGCUCCCAGGGACGGAGCUGCUCCCAGGGACGGAGCUGCUCCCAGGGACGGCGCGGCUCCCAGGGACGGAGCUGCUCCCAGGGACGGAGCUGCUCCCAGGGACGGAGCGGCUCCCAGGGACGGCGCGGCUCCCAGGACGGAGCUGCUCCCAGGGACGGAGCGGCUCCCAGGGACGGAGCGGCUCCCAGGGACGGCGCGGCUCCCAGGGACGGCCAGCAAACGACCACCCUUUCAUUUUGGUUCAGCCACUCCUAAACACGCUGUUCCUGUUCCAGGGAGACUUCCUGCCUUCAGCCCCUCCUCUUCCUCCACUAGUCCCGCCCAGGAGAACUCCAUGAGGAUUCUAGACAGCAUGUAUCCAGAACUGUCUGCCCGUGCCUGGACUCUCAGUAUCCUCCGAGGAAACCUCUCUAUGUCUUCUGCUGAGACGGGGACCACACCUUCCAGCUCUGUCAGUCAGAUAUCUGGCUUCAAAACCAUCAACUCCUCGUCCACGGCUUUCACCAAAACAGAGCAAAGAGGGAAGCGAAGUGGAGUCAACAUGCUUCUACCAAAGAGUGCCAAAAGACUGAGGCUGGAUAACUGCUCCCCCGGCCCUGCUGGGGCGACGGCUGGCCCUGCUGCGAUAUCAUCCACGACAUCAGCCAGUCCUGACCCACUACUCAGGACACCUCAACAUGGGAGUUCUUCACAGCCUACAGAGAAGGAGAAACUGGUUGGGAAACCAGCAGGCGAAGCCUCCAUAUCCCAGGCCUUAGAGAAGGAGAAACUGGUUGGGAAACCAGCAGGCGUAUCCCAGGCCUUAGAGAAGGAGAAACUGGUUGGGAAAACAGCAGGCGUAUCCCAGGCCUUAGAGAAGGAGAAACUGGUUGGGAAAACAGCAGGCGUAUCCCAGGCCUUAGAGAAGGAGAAACUGGUUGGGAAACCAGCAGGCGUAUCCCAGGCCUUAGAGAAGGAGAAACUGGUUGGGAAACCAGCAGGCGUAUCCCAGGCCUUAGAGAAGGAGAAACUGGUUGGGAAAACAGCAGGCGUAUCCCAGGCCUUAGAGAAGGAGAAACUGGUUGGGAAAGCAGCAGGCGAAGCCUCCAUAUCCCAGGCCUUAGAGAAGAUAGCAGCCCAGUGUUUUGACCUGUUGCCUGUCAUCAAGAGUCACCUGUUUGUUGGGAAUCUGUCUAGGAAGCCUGUGUUACGGGAUGAGGAGAAGGAGGUCCUCUCUGAGUUCUCAGACAAUCAG